AUGUCUGUAAAACUAAUCCUAUCUUCGUCGAUUCUGUUGGUUCUCGUUGCGGCGGCGACGACGACGACGAAAGAAAUCGGAUUCGACAAAUCAAACCCAAUCAGAAUCUCCGUGAGCUUGAAGAAACCGUACGGGAAGAAGUAUCAGAGUGAAGAGGAGAUUAAGCUCCGGUUCUCUAUUUUCAAAGAGAAUCUCAGUUUAAUCAGAUCCACCAACAAGAAAAGCUUACCUUACAAACUCUCUCUUAAUCAAUUUGCUGAUUUGACAUGGGAAGAGUUUCAAAGACAUAGUCUUGGUGCUGCUCAAAACUGCUCUGCUACUUUGAAAGGCAGCCACAAGAUCACUGAAGCUCUACUUCCAGAAACAAAAGAUUGGAGAGAAGAUGGUAUCGUUAGCCCUGUCAAAUAUCAGGGACAUUGUGGAUCUUGCUGGACAUUCAGCACGACUGGAGCUCUUGAGGCAGCUUACCAUCAAGCAUACGGAAAAAGAAUAUCGCUAUCGGAGCAAAAACUUGUGGAUUGUACUGGGACUUUUAAUAACUUUGGUUGCCAUGGUGGACUUCCUUCACAAGCUUUUGAAUACAUCAAAUACAACGGUGGUCUUGACACCGAGGAAGCUUACCCGUACAGCGGAAUAGACGGUAGAUACAAAUUUUCGGCUGAAAACAUCGGUGUAAAAGUUCUCGACUCUGUCAACAUUACCCUGGGUGCAGAAGAUGAACUGAAGCACGCAGUAGGGUUGGUAAGGCCAGUUAGUGUGGCAUUUGAGGUUGUACAUGAAUUCCGGUUUUACAAAGAGGGAGUUUUUACUAGCGAGACUUGUGGAAACACUCCAAUGGAUGUAAACCAUGCUGUGUUAGCAGCUAGUUAUGGAGUUGAAGAAGGAGUUCCGUACUGGCUUAUAAAGAACUCAUGGGGAGGUGAUUGGGGAGACAAUGGAUACUUCAAGAUGGAAAUGGGGAAGAACAUGUGUGGUGUUGCAACGUGUUCAUCGUAUCCGGUUGUGGCAUGA